GAUGGCUGGGUUUUAUUCAUUGUAGGUUAUAAAGCGGAAUAGUUUUUAUUUCUCAACAGAAUAAUUUACAGGUUCGGGGAAGAGACACUGAGGAAGACGUGGAAGUUCUCAAGGCGGACCCGUAAACCCGUAUUUCCGGUAUACAGCGAACCACGUGACGUCUGCUUCAUGUAUAUAUAUGUAGUGUAUGAACUUAUAUAUGAAUUAGAGACGCCGGUUUAGACACGGUACAAGUGACCCGUGUGAACGCUCGAACCGUUUUACUUUCGAAUUAUUUAUUUUCGUUUAUUUUUGAACAUGUCUAACGAAGGAACACCUGAUAAACAAAUUGGGGAAUCCCUGUUAAUCAGGGUGGUUCAGGAUCAGAUUAUGAACAUGAUUAAUGGAGGAAAGGUCUCUGUCCCGUCCCUCCCGGCGGUUCAACCUUUAUCCAAUGUGCAGCAUCAGAAGCUGUUGGAUCAGUUGGCUCAGUCGGUUAAAGUGAUUGGGGACCAGCUUAAUCAAGAACACACCUUCAAUCAUCAGAUCGAUGGUUUAGCAAGUCUGGGUGAUAAGAACAUUUUUUCGAAGCUUGUGGAGGGGGUCUUCAGCGAUGGACAGAUCAAUUGGGGAAGAAUCAUCGUGCUGUUCUACGCAGUAGGAAAGCUGGCUGUGAAGAUGGUGCUAGCGAACCUGCCCAGAGUGUUCUCUGAAAUUCUGGAUAUGUGCUUGGAUUUCUUCAGGACCAAGCUGUUGUUAUGGAUUCACAGCAUGGGUGGAUGGAUCAACAGCAUUUCAGCGCUGACCCAAUUCUCAAUCGAGCAUAUCUCCGCUUCCUCCUUCUGCACCAUUCCGUCUACUGAACUCGUCCUGGCCUUCGUCUGCGGGAUAGCGUUGGGUAGCAUCAUUGUCUGGAAACUCAGCAGGAGCAGUUGAGAAAGAGAGAGAGAUGGAGAGAAGAGAGAGAGAGAGAAAAAAACUAGAUGCACUGUGACAAACAAAAGCUUUUAAUGUGUUUAUAGUAAUUGUGAGGUUUUCUACAAGUUGAUAUUUUACAUAUAAAAUUGUUUUAUUACA